CUGGCGGAGCGUUUCAGUGCGCCAGAGCGCAAACAAACAGACUCGGAGCAGAGUCCACACGGGACGCCGUUAUUGCACAUCUUUUUUUUUCCAUCUUAACGACGCCAUCAAUAAUGCAGAGGUGUUUUGAUAACAUCCCGAUUUUUGUGGGGCUCUCGUCGAUUGGCAUUCUGUAUUUUUUCACACUAUGUCUCACACCUGUUAUGUUACACCCGCAGUGUUUGGAUUUUAAGCCGCCCUUCCGUCCGCUGAGGGAACUAGAGUUCUGCAUAAUGUACAAGGACUUUGGCUGUUGUGAUUAUCAGAAAGACCAGGAGCUGCUUGCUAAAUACUACAAGAUUAUGGAUAAUCGCGAUUCCAACGAAUACAUGAACUGUGCAGGUUUCGUCCUGGAGUUGCUCUGCCAGGAGUGUUCUCCCUUUGCAGCCCACCUCUUUGAUGCUGAGGACCCGAGCACCCCGCUCAGGACCAUCCCUGGCCUCUGCCCCAACUAUUGCUCCCAGUUUUGGAAGAAGUGCCAGUUCACCAUCCCUCUCUUGUCUGAUGACCUACAUCUGGCAAAAGUCAAAGAAGACCAGAUUCGUCUCUGCAAAUACCUGGAGAUAGAUGACGAGGAUUACUGCUAUCCUUAUCUGCUCAACAACCAGAAGCUGACCCAAAACCUCGGCCAGGUUCAAUCGGACCCAGACGGCUGUCUGCAGCUGUGCCUGGAAGAAGUUGCCAACGGGUUGCGAAAUCCACUAGCCAUGGUGCAUGCCAAUGACGGCACACAUAGGUUCUUUGUAGCAGAACAAGUGGGUUUGGUGUGGACCUACCUUCCUGAUCGCUCCAAAUUGGAGCGACCAUUUUUAAAUAUUACUAAGGCAGUCUUAACGUCAUCGUGGGAAGGUGAUGAAAGGGGCUUUCUAGGACUCACUUUUCACCCCAAGUACAAGUACAAUGGAAAGCUGUAUGUAUAUUACUCUGUAGAGAUUGGUUUUGAUGAGAGGAUCAGGAUCAGUGAGUUCCAUGUGUCAGCCAAUGACAUGAAUGUUGUAGAUCAUGCCUCUGAGCGAGUUAUUCUGGAGAUUGAUGAACCGGCAUCCAACCACAAUGGAGGACAGCUGCUAUUUGCAGAUGAUGGCUACUUGUACAUUUUCACAGGUGAUGGCGGAAUGGCUGGAGACCCAUUUGGAGAAUAUGGGAAUGCACAGAACAAGUCAGCACUUUUGGGUAAAGUUCUCCGCAUUGAUGUGGAUGACAACGACAGAGGCCCGUUGUACAGAAUUCCUUCAGAUAACCCUUUCGUACUUGAGCAGGGAGCACGACCUGAGAUUUAUGCUUUUGGUGUCCGUAAUAUGUGGAGAUGCUCAGUGGACCGCGGUGACCCUUUGACCAAAGAGGGGAAAGGCCGAAUCUUCUGCGGGGAUGUAGGCCAGAACAAGUUUGAAGAAAUCGACAUAAUUGAGAAAGGUCGGAAUUAUGGCUGGAGAGCAAAAGAAGGCUUUUCCUGCUACGAUAAAAAGCUGUGUGCCAACAGCUCACUAGAUGAUGUCCUCCCUAUUUAUGCAUAUCCUCACAAGAUGGGCAAGUCAGUGACUGGUGGCUUUGUGUACAGGGGUUGUGAAUAUCCCAAUCUCAAUGGAAUGUACAUAUUUGGAGACUUCAUGAGCGGGCGUUUGAUGAGUCUGCAGGAGGACACAAGCACAGGGACAUGGAAUUAUAAUGAGAUCUGUAUGGGGAUUGGUAUGACUUGUGCUUUCACUGGAUUAAUCAACAACUAUCAUCAGUAUAUCAUCUCCUUUGCUGAGGAUGAAUCUGGUGAACUAUACUUUUUGUCCACUGGCAUACCAAGUGCCACUUCACCCUCGGGAGUGAUUUAUAAAGUGGUGGAUCCUUCAAGACGUGCUCCACCAUCACAAUGUCACUAUGAUACUCUCCCUGUCAGAGUUAAAAGUAAUCUCAUCAAGUUUGUUCCUCAGGAAAAAUUGAUACUCACUGAGCCACUGAAUAAAUACAUUUAUCAUGAAGCUGAAUUAGGAGAACGAAACCUGACAACCUCUGCACCUGUCACAACCACCACCAAAACAUCCAGAAAUUCACGGCAGAGGGGCCAGCGUAGAAAGAGCAAAUCCAAAGUCAAAGGUGCAGCUGAGUUCCAGAAUGGAGCAGUGAGGCUGGUUGGCGAUGAACUAGGUCGCAAUGACCGUGGACGAGUUGAGAUCUACAUUAACAGAGAGUGGGGCACUGUGUGUGAUGACCUGUGGACCAUUAAGAAUGCUAGAGUGGUUUGCCAGCAGUUGGGGUUCCAAUACACUCUAAAGGCAUCCAAGAACUCUGAGUUUGGUGAAGGAAAAAAUCUGCAGAUUCUUCUGGAUGAUGUUCAGUGUGAAGGGACUGAGUCCAGCCUGCUGGACUGCCAACAUGCUGGUGUGGGGACUCAUAACUGUGCCCACAGCGAAGAUGCUGGAGUGAUUUGUUCCAACUCGGACGACAUUGUAGAAGUUUGACUACCACUAAGUCAGAGCUAAUUAUCAUAAAUUGGGUCUCUCCUCUGAUAAUUGAGUAGACUAAUCUGAUAAUAUAACUAUGAACCAUGUGCACAGCAAUGAAACAAGUGAUUGCAAAUCAUCCACCAAGUCAUCUAAAUUAUGCAGGUGGAGGCAAAGUCCAAUUCAAUUCAAUUCAAUUCAAUUCAGUUUUAUUUAUAUAACAGAGCAAAUCCGAUUAAUAACAUUAAUAACAUUACAAAUCGUCUCAAGACGCUUCACAAUAACCAGCCUGCAACCUCCAGAGCAAGCCGGAGGUUGCAUAUGAGAUCGCCUAACGAAGGUGGGGCAUUGAACACGUUUAAAUGUAGCUAACUACCAACUGCCAACAGUUACUUUCAGGCUUUAUAUCUAUUGCUCUCAGAAAGUCUCAAUCACUUUCUACAGCAUAUUGUGGGUUUCAUACAUAUAUUUUCCAAAUGUAAGUACUUAUGCUGAUCUACAAACAACUACAUUAUAAGUAAUUUUACUUGUUAAGAUUAACAGGUAACAAUAUUUCAAUUUAGCCAAAAUAAAGCAGUUAGAAUGUACUACAUGGAUAAUGGUUGAUUUGGUCAUUUUGAGUUGGAACACAGAUGGCUUAAAUGCUCCACAUAAAUGAGUGAGCACUUUAGACAUGGCCUUGCUCCAAGAGACACAUCUCUUAAAAAAGAUAUUGAUAGCUAUCAUCAUAUCCUAGCAUCAUCAUCAGCUUGCACUAAGACUAAAGGAGUAGCUAUAAUGGCUAGAUACCUUCUGGAAAUUAAGAUUCCUGGUACAUGGGGAGACACUGCAGGCAGAUUGUCAGUGGUCAGAGCUGAGGUAUGUGGUAGUAGUAUAUAGCCUCUCUUUCAAUUUAUGCUCCAAAUUCUUAUGACAGGACUUUUUAUUUAUGUAAACACAUAAGAUGCUGGAGUGGAGUGAAUAUACAUUUAUAGUCGGUAUGGAUUUUAAUGCUGUUUGGAAUGCAACAGUGGAUAAAUCAGGGUUGACAGAAAUUAAUGUCUGCAAAAAAUCUGCAUCCGCUGCUAUAAGGGCUUUGGCCAAUAGUUUAGGUCUAGCAGACUUAUGAUUAUAUAUAUAUAUUUGAAAACUUUUCUCCUGUGACAUUAAUCCCCAUGGCUCUCUCAGAUCGUGAAGGUGUCCUCUGCUUUUCUGAAUUUUAUUUAGCAUUUUGGGACCAGCUAGGCCAUUUGCUUCUCCAUAUGAUUAAUUUCUCUAUAACUAGGGGCGGUUUUUCCAGGGAUGUUAACAUUGCCAUAACGUUGUUAAUCUUGAAAAAAACAAAACUGAGUGCAAUAAAUAUCGGCUCGUUUAUUAAAUUCUGAUCUCAAGAUAUAUGCUAAAUUACUUUCCUCUCGGCUUUAGAUAUAUAUGCCAUUAUUGGAUUUAUUAAAUCAUGUUAAUACAUUCCUUAUCAAAGAAGCGGUUACUGACUUCGUUUUAGAAAUGAUCUACAUGGAAGUAUCAGCUAGGACAAACAGGGCUAAAGAAGUCCACUUCAUUAAAUGGUUCACAGCAUAUUCAAGUAUUGAAAAACCUGUUGACUGCAACUGCAUUAUAAUCCUUUGAAUCUCUGCGAUUCUUUUCCUGUGUAUUUUUUCAUGUGUAGUGUACCUCUGUAGUCUUUCCCAUUGUGGGGUGGAAGGUCCCUUUCUUUUUUUGUUGUUAUUUGUUUAUGUUGUUAUUGGGUUUUUCCCUGCCAAGGGAUUUGAACAAUAACAAAAAUAAAUAAAUAAAAAAUUGAUCACACACAUACACAAAACAACAAUUACAAAAACAUA